AUGUCCUAUGAUGUGCAUUACCUAGCGUAUAAACACGAAAAUCUCAAAAUUUCAACACAAUCUCAAUCGGUUUUUCGUGCGGCAACUAUACUUGAAAAUGGUCCUGUUUCUCCCGCAAACGUAAUCACUUAUCCCAAUGACACUGUUGCUGUUAGAUUAUCUUACAAUUUAACUUGUCCAAACAAUAAUAUUACGAUAAUCCCGCUUCGUUUCAUUUUUUCAAACAUGACGCUUAUCAUUGCUGAUAUAGCUUAUACUAUUCCUUCUAUUAAUUAUUGUCCCACAAAUCGGACAAAUACUACUACUUUAUCUGAUAAGAUUGAUAUUUUUGCUUUACCAGAUAAUUUUUUAUUGAUUCGUUAUUGGAAUGUUCCCAAUGACUCACCGAAUAUGGUUCAAUAUUAUGGCCUUAUAGUAUCAAUUACUGGUGAUAUAAUAAAUGGGAACACGCCAGUAGUGUUAAGUGAUCCUAUCAGCAUUACCAACGCGACUGUGUCUAAUUCUCAGAUUACAACUUUAAAUUUUGGUCAGAAAGGAAUUCUUUUUGCUUCAAGUUUUGAUCCAACGACAAUUACUUGGACACGUUUCACUUGGGAUUCUAAUAGACAAGCUUUGAACAAUGAUUCUCAGAACGUUAUUACCGCACCUACAAAUUAUCAGAUAGACGAUUUUAAAACCUUUAUUACAAUAGAUGGUGGUUAUGGGUUAGUUUACGCGGUUAGAUUACAAAAUCAGGAUGUUUUAAUACCAAGCACCUCUAUUCAUCCCACAACAAUAACAGUUUUUUUGACUACCUUAAAGUCUGAUUCCCGUAAUUUUUCAACUCCUGUUAUAAUCUAUCAAUCAACAUUAACGGAAACGAAAAUUUCAAUAAGUGAAUGUCAAAGUAAUUCUGGUGGUCGUCCUGGUUGUGUAUGCUAUAUACAUGGUCAAAGUACUCCUGAAAGUUUAACUCCUGGUGUGAAUUUCUGGCAAAUGAUAUUUUUUCUUGCCGCAGGAACCGUCGUUUCAGCCGUAGAUUUACCCAAUAAUUUUGUUACUGGUGGUGACGUGAUCACUUAUAACAUAACAUAUUCUUUACAUGAUGAUGGUAUUUUAAUGUUAGGUCGAAAUCAAAAUGGUACUUUACGUGGUUCAAUUUAUAAUGAUAAUGGUGUAUAUGUACAAGACUGGGGAUUACCACAAUCUCAAGGAAUGUUGGCUUCUUAUACUGAUAAUACUAAUACUGUAUGGGCGAUUGCUCCCUCAAUAAACAACUCUUGGACUGUGUACUCUAUUAUAUUGCCCUCACUUUUACCUAGAGAUAUCUUAUUAUUGAAUCCUAGUAUUGAAUCUAUUUAUCCAACUGUCAACUCAUCAAUCCCUCUGUAUACAUCUUCCAUUACGAUAACAUUUAAUCAAGAUGUUGUUCCAUCAGUUGCAAAUAUAAGUAUAUACCAGAGAACUAAUACCUCUGAUAACUUGCGUCAGACACUUUCCGCCAAUUCAUCUGCAGUCCAUUUUAUUACUAGAAGAGAAAUUUUAGUUGAUGUAUUACCAAGUACUUUUAACCAAGAGGGUGCAAACUAUUUUAUUACAAUUGAUCCUAAUUUUGUAAUGUUAAGGUUACCUUAUGAACCAUUACCAGGUGUAAGCAAUGGUACAUGGUCAUUUUUUACUGAAAACGUUACCAAUCCUUUUACAGAAAAUACUGAUGUGGCCAUCCGUCUAACGGAAGAAGCUACUACUCAUUUCGAUAAAUUGAAUGAGACAGCAAAAUCUGCUUACUAUGAUGAAUUGAUUACUUCUUUUGCAAAUGCAAUAUCUGUAAAUACUACAAGAUUAUCUAUGCAAAGACGAUAUCAACAUGAUGGUAAUUUGAAAGAACCGUGGCCAAUUCUAUUUCGUGUGACACUUAUUGCAGCUCAAGAUUCAAAUGAAAUUAGUACACAAGAAAUGUAUGAAAGUUUAAGGGUUUUAGUUACCAACAAAAGUAUCACGAGUCUUAUGUUUUAUGAAAGUACUGCAUCCUUGGAUUCGGAAUUCGGUGUGAUGCAAUUAAUGAGUAUAUGGGAGAGAUAUCGAUUUGAAAUCGCGGGGGUGAUAUGUAUUAUAUUUGUUUUAUUUGUUGUAAUCUUCUUGGCAAAUCAUACUCAUCCAGAGGGAAGAAGCAUGGAACUUUUCAAAUUUGUUUUAAUAAUGUCGGAUUUUGUUCUUGAUAUUUUCUUCCUUUUCACUCGAGGUCAUGAUGUACCUGUUCUAUUUCUUCCAAGUCUUCUUAUAAUAUUGGUUGGAAUUUGUGUCAAUUUUUUUAUCACCAUGUUUAUAUUCUUUAAAGAAUUUUAUGGAAACGAUAAUUUUCAUAAUUGGGCAAGACAAAAUGUUGUUGCUUCUUCAGUAUUUAUUGUUCUAAGUUAUUGUGAUAUAGAAGCUUUAGAUUUUGUUUCUUCAGAUAUUUCAAAUUCUUCUUGCGUUCAAGCACCUUUUUCCGAAGUAACAAAUAUUGUUAGUCAUAUAUAUGAUUGUAUUGUUAUGGUUCGAGAUUCAAGAAAAGCUGAUCUAUCAAGGAAAACAUAUAAAGAAUGGUGGCAAGUUGGAAAAGCUUCAGCUUCAAAAAGAAUUUCUUCUCGUAAACAUCCUCAUUUCUUAAGUGGAUUUGUUCCUGUUCAACCUGGUCCGGUUAUUCAGGUUACAACCCCUGAAGCAAGUACCGGUAUUAUAUCUGAAGAAAUACCCGAUGAAGAAGAAGCAGAUGAAAAUCUUGGUGCUGGUGUCGGAGGUUCUUAA